AUGCAAUCAGAGAAUGGGAUUUUUAACAGUUCACAGAUAACUGUCAAUGACUUUGACUAUAAAUCAACUUUACAAAGUAAACUAGGGCUGAAUGUUACUCAUCAAUCUCAAGUGACGUUAAAUACUAUGUCACUGUGUAACAAUUUAGAUGAAAACAUGACAGAUAUGUCAAUGGACUUUAAUUUAAAUCAGAUUGAAUGUAUUUGUCAAGUACUCUAUCAUAACCAAGAUAUUGAUCGACUGAAGACAUUCCUGUCGAAAAUAUCAACAACUACAAUGUAUCAUAACAAUGAAAUAAUUGUGAAAUGCAGAGCAUUAGUUUUGUUCAUCAAUAAAGAAUUUACUGAAUUACUUAGAAUCUUAAACAAUUUCCCAUUUAGUUUCUAUAAUCAUAAUGAAAUGCAAAAUUUAUGGUAUCAAACACAAUAUGCACAAAUCGAGAAAUCUCGUGGUCAUCAAUUGAAUGCUGUAGCCAAAUAUCGUAUACGUAAAAAAUUCCCACCUCCAAAAACAAUAUGGGAUGGAGAUGAAGUGACGUAUCAUUUUAAAGAUAAAUCAAGAAAUUAUUUAGUUGAACAAUUUGUACACAAUCCAUAUCCAUCUAUUGUGGAAAAAAAAUUGUUAGCUAAGCAUAGUGGUCUUACUACAACACAAGUAUCCAAUUGGUUUAAGAAUCGAAGACAACGUGAUAAAACUCUUAAUAAUUUUAAAAUUAAAUGUAUAACCGAGAAUGGAUUGAGUAACCUUCAGCCAAGUGAAUUUAAAGUGGCAACAGAGUUCCAGGGACAGUUCAAACAAAACACUGAGAUAGUACAAUAUGAUGAGCAGUUUUUCGAGACAACUUCUUCUGAUGCCAACAAAUCUCAUUCUGAUUAUAAACAAGGACUUCAAGAUGGUGAUUUCAGUUUUCAUUUCCAACAAUCUAGUAAUUAUUCUUUGCCAUUCUCUCAUCUAAAUUCUUCGGGAGAUGAAGAUCUCUCUUUUACAAGUAUGAAAUAUGAUUCGUUCAAUUCAGAUUUAUCCAGCUUGAAAAGUUAUACACAAUUUUCGGUUGAUGACUCCAUGAAUACGAGAAAUUUCUGA